UCAACUAUUAUUAUUAUUGAAUCAUAUUCACAAGAAGUUAGAAAUGUGUUCAAUUGAAAAAAUUUUAGUGUCAAUAKUUUUGUUCAACAUUUUGCGAUUGGAAACAUAUCUUUGUGCAAAAAACAAUAGCAAGAUCAUAAUGGAGGAUGCCAAGGAAAAUUACAAAUUUUUGAUAACCGGCGGUUAUCGUCCGAAGAUAGAUAAUUUGGUAAAAUAUGUUGUCUCCAUACGAGGAAGCAAUCACAGAUGGUUUUUUGGAGAUGAUCACAAAUGUGGCGGCUCCAUAAUCUCACCCAAAGUAAUUCUGACCGCAGCACAUUGUGUUUGUAAGCGCCACAGCCGAAUCCGGCUGAAACCGUCAGAUUUAACGGUAGUUGCGGGAACCCCGAGGCGUUUGGUACCAACUGAGACAACACAAGUCUUAAAAGUUGAUAAAAUUAUACGACACGUCUACUACAAACCUUUAACUUUUCGAAAUGAUAUUGGUAUAUUGUUGUUGGUGAAAAAUAUAUAUGAAGACGGUAUUGCAGUACAGAGAAUUAGUUUGCAAACCCACCCAUUACCGCCCUAUACUAAAUGCACCGUGCUUGGCUGGGGUCGAAUUUUUUUCAGGGGCCCGAUGCCAAAUGAAAUAUUACAUGUCGAUGUCUAUAUAAUGCCAGACAAUUACUGUGACGCUAGAACUGACAAAUAUGCUUUUGGCAUGAUGUGUGCUGGCGAUUUGGCUGAUCCUGAGAAAGAUUCGUGCAGUGGUGAUUCGGGUGGUCCGCUGAUAUGUAAUGGCAGUGUAACGGGUAUUGUAUCAUUUGGCGUUAAAUGUGGUAUACCCGAACAUGUCGGUUAUUACACAAAUGUGACUUCGUAUCUUGAUUGGAUUCGUGAGAAUGGUUUCAGUACAUUGAGACCUGUAAAUUUUAUUUUGCUAGUUGUAUUACAAAUUUUCUUAAUGAGAGGUGUGUGAAGCGCAUAACAGACAUAUAUGUAUAUAGAAAAUUAACGGUUGUUGUUAUUGCAACAGUUAAAUUAAACUAUGUUUUAUGAGAAAAGUGUUUUAUGUGUUAGAGACAGGAGUGA